AUGACAAAAUUAAAAGUUGGAAAUGUUGCACCAGAUUUUGAAGCUAAAAAUUAUUUAGGUCAAACAGUUACACUCAAAGAAUUUAAAGAUAAGAGUCAACCAAUCGUUUUAUACUUUUAUCCAAAAGAUAAUAGUCCAGUAUGCACAAAAGAGAGUUGUGAAUUUAGAGAUAAAUAUCAAAAAUUUAUAGAAGCCGGUGCAGAAGUAAUCGGGGUUAGUAGUGAUGGUGAAGAUAGUCAUAAAUCAUUCGUUUCAAAAUAUUCAUUACCAUUCACAUUAUUGACAGAUAAACAUAGUAAAUUAGCUAAAUUAUAUGGUGUUAACGGUAUAUUAUUACCUGGUAGAAAAACAUUCAUCAUUGAUAAACAUGGUAUUAUAGCAGGUAUACAUGAUGGUUUACUUAGUUCAACUUCUCACAUAGAUGAAUCUUUAAAAAUAAUUGAAAAAUUAAAAUUACAAAUAUAA